GACAGCGCCUGUGGGUUUCCUUCCGACCGCGGCACCGCUGCUGCCGCCGCCUGCUCCGUCCGGCUCCUCCACGACAGCGCCCAUGAGCGGCGUGACCGCACCCGUGAAGCCAGCGGAGGUUGCUGAUGGGGCGAUUGGAGCCGACAGCAGCAGCGGCGGCGGCGGCGGCGACGGAAAGGACGUUGGGAGUGGCGGCGCCGGCAGCGGCGUCAAAGGCACGGAGGAUUACACCAACGUUGGCGCUUCUGACGGCGACAUGGUCGCUGCUGUUGCUGCUGCUGCUGUAGCGACUGGUGCUGAUGCUGUAUCAGACACCCAGCAAGCGCCGUCGCUGUCGCCGCCUUACCAGCCACAACAACGGAUGCCCGCGGCAACAGCAGCGGCGGUGGUGUCACCAGAAGCAGCCACCCUGGUGCCGCCGGAGCCCCCUUCUUCCGCUCCCGUACUGUUACGGUCCUGCCGUACAGUUAAGUCGCCUGUACAACGUCACGCCUCCGUCGCACGAAGUCCCUUGUCGUACAGCACUGGCGGCGGUGAAGGCGCCGCCGUCAGCGGCGGAGGCGGAGGCGCCCAACACGUCGUGGGAGCCCUGGGUGCUGCUGUUGCAUCCGGUGGCGCUGGCGAUGGCGUUGGCGGUCAGAGGGGCUGCAACGACGGCACUGACGGUGCCGGUUGCAUGGGCAGCAUUGCCAACGCUGCCAGCAGCGGCGGCGGCGGCAGCAGCGCUGCUACUGCUGCUUCCAGUCCAGCUCCCUUGCCUCCCGCGCCGCCGCUGCACCGGCUGCUGCUGUCAGGCAGCUCGGCUGCAUUCCGACGCCUGCGUACGUUACCCAAUACUCGACCGAUGUCACCUUUGUCGUUGGAACUCUCAAGGUUGGAGACCCUGGAGGCAUGUGGGGGCAGUGGCGGCGGCGGUGGACGUGGCGGCUUUUUGAGGAGGUCAGUGCUGUCAACUGCUCCCGGUGAUGGUGGCGGCGGCGGCAGUCUACAGGUUGCUGGUCGCGCACUGAGCACCACCAUGGUAGACGCUCGCAUCCGUAACGGACUCCACCACACCGCCCAACGCCAGCACCUCCGGGCACCGCCACCUACCUGCGCAUCCGCCGCAUCCACCGCCGCCAGCAGCCGCAGCGGCCACGACUCAACAACCCACCCACAACUCCAGGCUGACGCUGCUGCUGCCGCUCCGGCAGCUACAGAGCGUACGACACAAGUUCCCCUAAAAGCCGCUGCGGCAACGACGGCCUUCCUGGCAGCUGAGGCAACGGAAGCGGCAAGUCAAGCUGCUGCCCAGGCACUGGCUGCUGCUGCUGCGGCGGCGGCGGUUGGUGCCAAGGGCGCAGCAAUUCAAGUCAUAGACGUGCGUGUGGAUCUAGCCAUGACCUUCCCGCGAAGCGGUGACAUCCCAGACGCAGCGGGAGCAGCAGCAGGAGCAGCAACAGCAGCAGCAGCGGCCGUUUCUACAGUCUCGGCUGCAUCGGGAGGAGCAGCGGAGGUUGCCUCGGAGGCUGCCGGGGCCGUGGGUCGUGGUGCUGGUGCUGGUGUGGGUGUGGGCGUGGGUGGGGUUGGGGUUGGGAUGUCGCCUUGGCACGGAUCCGCAAAAGUAGCUGCUGCUGCCGGGGCCGCUAAUGCCGUUAGCGCUGCUGGUGCUGGAGGUGGAGGCGGCAGGACGAGGGGGGCAGUAACGCGGCAGAGGGGCUCUCUGAGGAGCCGAGUUCAGGCCCUAGUAGAACAAGUGGAGCGAGCAGAACUGCAAGCGCAACAGCUGCAACUGCAACGAACAACGGUCAACCGCAACCACCACCUUUUGUACGGCAACAACCUCAUCAACAACAACGGAAGGAUCUCACCCCUGCCCAUGAGCGCCGGGGUCAGGUCAGCUGGAAUGUUCGUUGCGCCUUCGAGCGGUAGCAGCAUGGGUUUCCUCGCCGUCGGCGGAGGCGGCGUCAGCGGAGGCGGCGUCAGCGGAGGCGGCGUCAGCGGCGGCCGUCGCAGCGUCGGCGGCGGCUCUGACGUCGAGCACGUUUGGCCUCAAGCUCCCGACAGGAUACUGGCGGCGCCCACUGCUGCUGCUGCUGCCGGUGCGGCACUUAACGGCUGUCAUGGGGCGACCACAGCGCCAGCGCCGACGGUUCACGAUGUUAGCAAAGAUAGAGCCGCCGUCACCUCCGCCGCCACGGUCGCCAUUUCUGGUACUACAACAGCAGUGGUUAGGCGGAGGUCGUCCACCCUGAGUCGUCUGUGCACGUCGUAUCCUGAGUUCAAUGGCGGCGGAGGCGGCGGCGCUGGCAGCGGCGGCGCUGGCGGCGGCGCCGCCGACACUUGCAAUGACGGCGAAGAUGACGUCGGCGGAGGAUCGCUGUUUGGUUCCUCUCAGUUCAACACCGCCAACGAUGGCAAGGUGCUUCCUCGCGCUCCUAGCUCGCAGCUAAAAUGCAAGGGUAGCUCCUGGUUACAAUUUCUGAGCGGAGGCAGUAGUAGCGGCGGCGCUGCCGCCACCGCUGGCAGCCCCGCCCCCGCUGGCAGCCCCGCCCCCGCUGGCAGCCCCGCCCCUGGCAUCGCCGCCGCUGACGUCAUGGUCCCGAUGUACGGCGGCGGCACCGCGUCGCGUCAAAACAGCUUCACAGCAGCAAGGUUCCUCGGGACCGCUCCUGCUGGUCUCUCAUGGGUACGCGGCGGCGGCGGCGGCCGUAUUGUACGGCAUUUCGCCAGAAAGAUAACUUCUUCUGCAUCCACGGCGACGUCGACAGCGGCGAGUGAAGCCUCAAUGAUAACAAUAACGACAACGGCGGCGGCGGCGCAGGUGGCGGCGGCGGCGGCGGCGGCGCAGGUGGCGGCGGCGGCGGCGGCGGCGGCGGCGGCGGCAGCGGAUGGCGCAAUGUACUUGUCUACGGUGUACGGACAAGAUGUCGUACAGUCACCGCCGCCGCCACCGUCGUCGUCGCUAGGAGCACGUAUUCCAAAUACGCUUGCUAGAGGAAUUGCGAAUGACAGCGGAUUUCGGUUUAGUGUCGAUGCUCAUGGGAAGGCUCAACCAGCGGGCCCACAUGUUACAGCUGUUGCAGCUGCAACUGCUACUGCCAUUACUCCAGCGGCCGCAGCUACUGCCGCCGCCACAGCUACUGCUGCUCCUUCCGGGUUUGCAGGGGGUUCUGCGGUACAAUGUUCUCCAGGAACAGCGGCAGCAGCAGCAGCAGCGCCCUACGGUAGUUCGUUGACGACGGAAGUACUGCAAGUUGGCAGUUGCGGUAAUGAUGAUAACGAUAACGGAGUGAUGAUGUACGUACCGCUGAUGUGGUGUCAGAUCUGGGCGCAAUUUUGUCGUACGGCGGUUGAUGGCGAGCAAGCGCUGGUGGUUAUGAUGACGGAUGUGACCAAGCAAGUGCAGGCACAAGAGCGGGUGGCAGCACUAGUAGAGCAAGAACACCGAGUGCUGGAGGCCCUAUUCCCCAGGCACGUAAUCGCCUAUCUAACCUCCGCCCCAGCAUCCCCAGCUACGGACGACGAAUCUGACGCGAUUAAGGACCGUUGUGACCGUUACAACCGGUAUGACUUCGGUUACCAUGACAAAAAUGCCAGUCGCGUCACGGCUCCCGGCCCAACCCACCCUGCUGCUGAGCGACCUCGAAGCCCACCCUCCGCUGUUACCGCCGCCGCCACAGCACCAGCAGCAGCAGCAGCAGCAAUUAUCGAGGCAGCAGCACCCGCCGCCGCCGCCACUGACGCCCCAGUUGUAGUUGCUGCCGUCGCUACCGCCGACACCGCCACCACGGCAGCGGACGCGGUCGCUGUUAGCUUGAAGGCCAUCACCCCCGAGAUUGCUGCUGCUGCUGCUGGUGGUGAUAAUAAUGACCUCAGCAACAGCGGCAGUAACGCCAGCAAUAGUAACGUCAGUGUGUACGGCAGCAAUGGAGAUGCUCAACUGCCAACCGCCGCGUCAUCCUCAGCCCAACCGCCACUGCCGGACGGUCCCACGUACAGUCAGCUGGCGGGGCAGCGGCAGUUGGCGGCGCUGGUGGCGGCUCAGCAGCGGGAGAGUGUCAAGGUGUCGCGUCUGGCCACUCGGCACCGCUUGGUGACACUGCUGUUCUCAGAUAUUGUGGGGUUCACGGCUUUCUCGCGACAGGUGUCAGCGCUCACCGUGAUGCGCUUCCUGAAUGAGUAUUACAAGAAGCUGGAUGCGCUGUUCGAUAUCUACAAGGUUUACAAGGUUGAAACCAUCGGGGACUGCUACGUGGUGGCGGGCGGCCUCGUCAGGUACGACGCCGACGGGUUGUGCAGUGUGCUCCCCGAGGGCGAGGUGGACGAGCUGCAUGCGGUGCGGGUGAUGGAGUUCGCCAAGGCCAUGUUGCGAGUGAGCCGGGAGGUGCGGAUGCCGCACACGGGGGAGCAGGUGCAGGUGCGCCUAGGCCUGCACAGCGGCCCCGCCCUGAGUGGCGUGGUGGGCUCCAAGAUGCCUCGCUUCACGGUGUUCGGGGACAGCGUGAGCCGGGCCCAUGCCAUGGAGGCGGGCGGGAGGCCGGGGCGCAUCCACGUGAGCGGCGCCACUCGGCAGCUGCUGAGGAGCGAGAAGUGGGAGGCGGCGGAGGGGGUGCAGCUCGACGCCGAGGGGCCCCGGCUGGACUCCUACCUGUGGGUGGAGGAGGGCGAGGAGUGCCGCUACCACAAGCAGCAGCGAGUCAGGGACGUGUACAACUUAUAGUACGGCAUUGUACGGCAGUACGGUAGUCCGGCAGUACGAUGCUACUGCAGAGUGAUCUGAGUGGGUUUGGGGGGGAGGGCAAUAUGUUGGAUUUGUUAAUUGGAUUGAUGGUGGCGGUGUUUUACUGAACUCAAUAGGUAAUAAAAUGCUUCCUUCGUUCCGUCGGUUUUCGUCGUGUGGCCGCUAUAGUGUUAGCAUCAUCGUACGUCGCCGAUUGCGGUUUAAUGGGUGGUAUCGCUAGAUGGUAGCUGCUGAUAGUGUGCAGCAGAUCGUACACCUUACAGCUCGUCUUUCCCUGCUUUUCCAAGCCGGUUUUUGGUGGCCGUAAUAAAUAUUUCCGUGCAUUGGGCACCACAAAGGAGCGGCCCAACAGCAAUCGGGAACCCUACCGAACAUACAGCAGUGGCAACUGGGAUUAUUGCAUGGGGCAUGCAGCCUGCAGCCGGGGGCGGCAUUUAGGGCGCAAUGUCGGCUUCCUUCGGCUAUGUUUUCAUGCGUUCGGCUAUGUUCCCUUAAUUAAACCUAUGUUCAAAGCACUUUGUGGCUUUGUCUGAUGUUAUUGGCAAGGGGGAGUGCAAACCCUGGAAUCCGUAAACCAUUCGUGGGUGUGGGUGUAGUUGAGCGGAAACAAGAGCAAGCAAUUGGGAUAGGUCUGCGGCUAAGCAGAAGGGGAAUGCUCGAUUAGGUGGAGUGGCGUGUGGGGGAGGCGCUUGGGCCCAUCCGUUGGUGCGGGUUCGUUGUUCGGAAAUUCAUGCGGCAGUCGGGGCUCAUGACAAGGCUCGCCGCGUACUUGUGUUGUUGACACGUUUUACGUAAACCGUUCCGUUUAUUGGGAUUGUGGCAAUGUGGCGAUAGAUCGUACACCUACCGUACAUCUGUUAUGUGUGUGUAUACUCAGGUGGCGGUUACUGGACGGUCUAAAGUUCGAGGAGUACUGUUCCCUUUAUGAGGAUUGAAGAGGGAUUCCCAUUAUGCAUGCAUGCACGCGUGUCGGCGUCGACAUUUAUGUAUGCUUUGUGGCACCCUUUCCGGAUCCAAUCCAUGCCACGUACGGCUACUCGCCGUGUGUCAAUCAAUGCGAAUAGCAACCUGAUGCGGGGAUGUUUGCGAACAUAGUCAUCGCCGUUUACUGUCACUGAUUUCAAUACAAUUGUGUUGCUGCUGCUUGAUAUGCUUUCUUGGAGGACGGUUGGAAUCUAUCACUCGAAUAAAAUAAUUGAAUGAGCUGUUGCAGGUACGGAGUUUACCAAGCUACAUUGGGCUCGGCGCUACUGCGGUGCGUGAGAGCAUGUAGGCCUGCUGUUAACAUGGUACCCUAAGGUGCCUUAAAAUAAUGUAUUGCCGUUAACUACCGGUUGUACGGCACUGUACUACGUGGUUCGUUGUGUAUGGUACGGGAAGAAGCCUGCUGCUGUUCCUUGCAUGCACACAAGUGCAACAGUACCGGCAGGUGCUCCGCCUGUUGCCAUUUCCAUUUAUACCGGUAGUUGGGGAAUCGGACCCUGUCAUUGGCAUUUGCUCGGGCCAUCAUAGAUCAGUGGAUGACUUUUUGCUGGUGUCUCCAUAACGCCCUGUUGUACGUUUCGUACAUCCAUGCUGUACAACCAAUGUCAUUAUGUGGAGUUCAGCUGAUAGACGGUUGGGUAGUUGCGGCGUUUACUAAAAGGUAUCAGCCUGGUGCAUGGUUGUUUUAUAAACAAUGGGUUGGCCUCCGUCGAGGCAUGCAAGCUGCCCAACACAUGUGGGGGAGAUGCGGGUGUAGCUGAUAACGGUAGAAGCGCUGCUGGCGAGGGCGGUCUUCAGGAAUAAGUGCUUAAUGCGGAGGGCUAUGAGAUGGAGUUACGAAGGUAAUGGUGCAUGUAUUUUGUACGGCAAGGCGGACAAUUGUCCGGUUUUGGUGACGAUUUCGACGUGUAGGCGUGGGCAAAGACAGGGUAUGCCCUGGUUUUGCACACGAUCAUCCAACAUCCUGUCUCCGGGGAAAGAUACAAGCUAACAGUUGCGACUUGUGGGG